AUGCCAGUAUCGACAAAGAAGGCAUUACAGCGCAUGUUAGCAGCCCCUAGGAGAUACAAGAGUAGCACGACAGAAAAGGCUAAUGUUUUUGCAAGAAGACAAUGUUCAGUGAGGCAUGAAUUGCAAUUCAUAGAGAUAGGGCAGCGUCCUCAAUCUAAGAAGACGAAUUGGGAAACCAGUCUUUCUACAGAAAUCCAACUAAAAAAGCUCGAUAAGUCAGCUGUACGGGGAACAGUCGGCAUCCGAGCCCUCCCGGCAAGGGUAGCAGCAUCGGUCAACGCUGCAACAAGGAGUCUCGCCACAUCCGUUGGGGCAAUCAUCACGAGUAGCGAGGUUGAGGAAAGUGGGGCCGGCAGCUCCAAGGGCAGCGAAGAUGGCAAGAAGAGCGAUGGAGAACUUCAUUUUGAAAUGGAGGUUGAUUGGCGCGUUAGGUAG